AUGAGGAGAUGGGACUUGCUGGCCUCUGCAAUCUUUGCAUCCAGCCGAUCACAUCGACAGUCUUUUCGAUCUGACCUUGGACUGCUGAGAGGCUCGUGCAAUAUCGUCCUCUUUAGCUCGCAGACAGAGAAUGCCCAAAGGCCUCAGCUGAAAGUGCAGCUCAGGGAGCUAUACAAGCGAGUGCAUCCAGAUCUUUUUCACGACAUCCCUUUAGCUCGGCAGGCCAACGAGCACUCCUUCAAGCUGCUACAAGAAUACCUAGACUCUGCCAAGAAGGGAGGCGAAGUGGGUAGAACAGCUGGAGUCCCUUUCAAGUUCCUGUUCUAUCUGCACAAGGAGCAGGUGGAUGGCGCCAGUGAGGCGGCAGAUGAAGGGGACUUGAAGCGGGUGGACUUGGUGCUGCCGCCGCCUGCGCGCCUGGAUGCCAGAGCAGCAGAGGGAACGCUGCCACGCGCAACUCAGCGCGCUCUCGGCAGGCUACUGGAAGCAUGCGGUCUCGACGCAGACUUUGCGGGUGGCGCCGAUGAGGGGGCGGCGGCUCGCCUGCGCGAAUUCAUUCCGGCUGCCGCUGAAUUGGCGCGGCAGCGGCAGUUUUCGCAGCGCGGCCCCCGGCACGAGAUCUCCGCCCUCCGCACUGCGCUGCGCCUUGGCCGCCAGGUGACGGUUGGGUUUGCAGCAACCGUGCUGGGUCAGGGGCCAGGGGCUCAGGCGGAGCAGCUGCGCAAGCUGGCGGCAGCACUGGAUCGCAUUAGUCAUGUUGAGCUGGCAGGCGUGCAUGUGAUGCUUGGCCGGGAUUAUGGGGUGGACCCACUGGGCCGCCUCUGGCUGGAUGUCGAUGACACAGCGCUCUUCUGGUCCGGGUAUCUGAUGGCGCUGGAUGUGUCGGAGUGCCACGAGCGGCAGGAGGCGGCUGCGCGCGUCCGGCGGCUGGAGGCGUCCGUGGCUGCGCUGCUGGGCCUAUCCAUGGUGUACUGCGUACCCAGCCUCCGCAUGAAGCCAGACUUUCUAAGAUUUCUGGAGCGCAUGGCAGCGGCCGGGUCUGAGCGCGGCCCGAUCGGCGGCGGCCGCAAGUUUGGCGGCGUUCCCCUCUGCGUCACAGAGGAGCCGAGUGCUGGCGAGGCGGUGCCGAGCGCUCAGGAUGCAUUCAGCGUGGACACCAGCAUGGGCUUCCUCUCCGCGCCUGUGGCAGCCUCGGCCGAUCAGGUCUAUGACUUUGUCAAGGCGUCAGGCAGGGAGGUAGCAGAGGUGCUGAGCAGGAGGAAGGGGCAGCACCAGAGGGCGGAGGACCUGCGCAGAGCUGUAGAGAGGCGGCUGCGCCUGAGGAGGCUCUCUCACGACCCAGCAGUCUCCCACGACAGGUGCACACCAGGAUUUCGCCAUGUUCUGCGCUGCGUGCGCGCGGCUGCUGCAGAAUGCGGAUGUGCUGCUGCAGCUGAUGGAUGGGCUGGAGGUCAGGGUGUCUGA